UUAGUUUUUUUUUUCUAUAUGGUUGAGUGUUAAGAAUAAUUCUGAUUAAUAAAUGUUGAAAGAAUAAAAAGUUCCCAUAUCAAACUUGUAUUGUAAUUAAAAUCAUUUUUGCUAAAUUCUCCGUAAUUUUAACCAUACCAUAUCCAAUUACCAUUUAAAUUGAUUUUGACAGGCAUAGGAUAGGGUGGUACAAAGGGAAAAUAUUAUAAUUUUGAUAUGAAGAGAAGUUUGAAAACUGGUCGGUCCUUAGAGUCCGAAAUUGGUCAAUGAGUUGUUCGAAAGUUGUUUACUCAAGAAAAGAGGAAGACUUAUUUAAUUCAUAUACGACCUAGAAGGUGGAUAGAUAUUCAAUUACACAUUUGGGUUAAUAUUGUUUUAAACAACCAAUCUGAAAAAAAUAUAUAUAUAAGCUCUGGAUCUUUCCAAAUUAUAAGUACAUUUCCGCUAAAAUAAACACGGUUUCUCCAGCAUGUAAGAAAAACAUUAAAAUGCUCAGAGUAUUCUUUUAUUUAUUUUCAAAAUUUGCUCAAUUUAUGAGGUUGAGGAAUUAACCUCCUUUUCCCUAGAUUCAUGAAAAAGUUGUCAUCAAAUUCAUUUUAAAGUUAUAUAACUUUACAUGUUAGGUUAUUUUUCAUGCUUCACAAAGUAUUACAGGUUUUACUACUGUAGGUAUCACCAAUUCAUCAUCAUAUAUUGAAAAAAUAGUUUUGGCAUAUAAAUUUUUUUAUUCUAUGUAUCAUCAAUUCAUCAUCAUAGACAAAAUGUUUAUAGAAUAGUUAUAUACUUAUAUUUGAUUAAAUUAAAUACACGUUUAGAUUAAUUUAUUAUCUUUUUGGGAUUUAUUUAUAAUUAAACUCUUAUUUUGGUGGUUUUUAUUUAAUCUAGUUAGUAAGAAAGUUGGAAUAUAUGUGGAUUUAUAUUGAGCCUUAAAUCUAACAGAUGGACUUCAGCAUUCAGUAUUUGUGCACAAAAAAGUAUUUCAGCAUUCAUGAGUUUCGUCGUUGCUAUUAAGACACAUCCGGUUGAUGAUCAAAAUCAACAAUCAAAAGGUCAUAAUCCGACGAUAUGGUGAUGAAACUUUCCUUGAUUUGAUGGAGGAGAUACUUUUGUGGGUUCCAUCGAAAUAUCUUGAACGAUUCAGAUGCACUUGCAAGCAAUGAAAACCCUUAUCUCAAACUUGAGAUUUAUCAACAAGCACUUGUAUUGGAUAUAUUAGUAGUAACCAACCAUCAUGUGGUAAUGAUUAUAAGAUGGUUAGGUUCGUUAUGGCAUGCCUAAAGAUUCAAGUAUCAAAGUGUACGAAUUAAAAUCUGAUUAUUGAAAGGUCGCUGAUAAACGUUUUGAUGGGUUCUUAGAGUUUCCAUAGCUUGACGUGUGUUUGAGAAGAACACCUUAUUGGAUAGCUUAUGUAAAAGGUAAAACAUGUAAGACGAUAAAGACUUUCGAUUUCUCCAAAGAGAGAUUUGAGAUCUUGUUUCUUCCUCCUACAACCAUUGAAUCAUCUAAGUUGGUAAACUCUUUUUCAUUAGGAGUUUUGAGAAGAGAUAAACUUUCGUUGUUACAUGAAUCUCGUGUAACGGGUAAGAUAUACUUAUGUUAUGAAGAAGCAUUGGAGUAAGCUUAUGACAGUUUCUAUACCUCAAUCUUUGAUGUUUCCUAAAUGUUCAAGUUACUUCGUUGAGAACAACGGUAAGCUUGUGCUAUCUGUUUGUGGCAUAAAAUAUAUUAAAGUUUACAUUGCAGAAAAAGAUGAUGAGUGUCAAAACGUUGAAAAUCUUUCAAUGGAUCCUUUAAGUGGUUCUGGUUUCUACUAUGUUCCGAGCUUGCUUCCAUUGGUUCUGAUGAAGCGAAAAGAAGUCAGGUUUUAUUUAAAAAUAGAUUUAUGACAGGUUUUAGGGUUUAAGGAGAUAGAAAUGGGUUAGCACUUUUGUAUGUUUCAAACUUCUUAUCUUAUUGACUUGCAUUUUUCCAUUAGCAAUGUGUUAUUUUGAAAAGUAUUCUGCUAACAUAGAGACUACUUUCUCUAGAGUGUCUAGUUCAUCCAAAUGCUUUGUUGUUUUAUUAAGCUGUCAACACUACAGUAUUGUGUCAUGUGUUAUACAUUUUAUUUACAAAACAUGCAUGUUCAUAUAGAUAAGCCAUUAAGCUACCUCUUCUUAAUCUCAAGACUAUUCUCAUCUUUUGUAGUCA